AUGGCCGCCCCCACGCUGAUCGACCCGACCAAACAGGCCGAGUACCCCAUUGUGCUGGGUGAACGACUAGCUAAUGGAGACCGGAGUCGAUUGAUCAAUAUCAACUAUAAUUACAAGACCAAGCAUGCCACACCACAGCAACGUUCGAUUGUUACUCCCUCCGACCGAUCGCGCGAUCUUUACGACCUUUCCGUCACCGAUAAGGCCCCGAAUGCCGAUCACACGUUGACUUAUGCCUACAAAGGUAGCGAAGACCCUGUCAGCGAACGCAAUCUGGUCCUUGUCUUCGAUCCCGACCGCAAGGCCUUUGUUUUAGAGCCCGUGUCUACCAAAUUCAACUUCAACCUACGAGAGGCACCAGGAAAGACAGAGAAACAGGUCAUUGAGCAAUAUGAGCAGCUCCGGAUCGCGCAGGAGGAAGAACACACAUCGGGAGAGGAUCGUAUUUCUGGCGGUAUCACCGAGGACGAGGGACUUCCCGACGAUAACAACCCAUAUGAUUUCCGACAUUUCCUCCGUAAGGAAGGCGCAGAGGAUCUCAAAGCGGCCUCAGGCAACAGCACCCCGGAGCCCGUCUACACCAGCAGAACAAAUACACCUAUAAUUCCGGUGACAAAACCUGCCGCCAAACCCAUUACCCGGCCCACAAAGCAAGCAAAUCCAUUCCGGCAGACCAAACGCCCGGCGCCAAAGCCACAGGCUAAGCCAAACCCACCCAAGCCAGCCCCAGAGCCUAUCAUCGAGACCACUUUCUCGCAACCCGACCCACAAGAUAACGACGAUGCUCGAUCUGCAGUAUCGGAUGCAUCUCAACAUACCGUCCAGUCUAGUGCCUCCAAUAUUAUUGUUGAUGGCGAUUUGAUCAUUGAUAUGGGAUCGCCGCGCCCAUCCCGAACAUUGGUCAACCCAUCAUUUUUCUCAUCUAACGAAGAUGGGGAGGACGAUGGGGAGGACGAUAUUGAUAGCCUACGGCUUCCAUCACCUGGCCAAGAUAUUCCACAGCCACCUCCACCUCCACCGGUCGCUUCCGGUGGAGAUUUGGAGGAUGAAGAUGACUUGCUCGCUCUGGAGAUGGAAGCCGCUUUUGAGGAAAGUGCUCGGGAAGAAGAGGCUCGUAAACAGCAGUAUAGCCAACAUGCUUCUGGGCGGUGGCAUGUGGCCAGUGAUGAUGAGAGCGAGGUUAGCGAAGAGGAGUAA